GAGAAAUCAGUGCUGCACAAUGAGCAUCUAUGCUUUCUAUGCUAUUUAUCUGGCAGGGGAGACACCAUGAUCAAGAAGGUGAUUCAAGAAGAGCAAGAAUGGCGGUGCAAGGACAACGACGGAAUGCUGCAAGAUUCGUGUUAUUGGAGGAUUUGGAAAUGGACCGUUUGACUUUUAGUAGAAGGAAACUGCAAAGUGAAUUGGGAUUUAAUCAUUUCCAGCUGGACUUCUUCUUUGCCUUACCAGGUAGGAAAACUUUUGAAGUGAUAUUUACUACCCUGUUGCUAUAUGAACAAUGUCUGGAAAGAUUUCAAAGAAAGAAGAAUAAGUCUGCUUGUUUUCAAAAGAUUGAUUUGAUUCCUUUGGCUGAGAGAGAACUCAGAAUUGUGACUGUGGUGAUGUUUUCAGAGAGGAUUAAGCUUGAGGAUAUUUCUACAUGGCUUUCAUUGCAUUGUUCAUUUACAAAAGCCUUUCAAAUUAAAGAUGUAGAUGGAGUCAAGACAGGAGCCUCAAGAUUCCAUGUUCGUUUGAGAACUAAUGAGAAAGGUGAGCUCUCCCACCUGCCAUCCAUGAUCCAAUUAGGCUCGAUUAGAGGCUUUGUGUUCUACAAUGGCCAACCUAAGGAGUGUAGGAAAUGUGGAUCUUUGAGCCAUCUGGCAGCCCAAUGUGACGCUGUCUUUUGUAGAAAUUGUAAAAACCAUGGCCACAAUUCAAAAGCUUGCAAUGCACCUAUGAAGUGUAAUCUGUGUGGGGCAACUAAUCAUAGAUUUCAGGACUGUCCAUCGGCUUACGUAAAUAAAGCUCGUCAGCGAAUUGGGGCGACCCAGGAAGGGGAGAUAAAUCUCCCUGAAAUACUGGAGACGGAGGAGGACUUUUUCAGUGAUUGUCUGCCUUUAGUACCAGUCACUAUGGAGGAACAGUGUGUGGGAGUAACUUUGACACAAUCCUUAUCCUCAAAUCCAGUUGAAGAGGAUGUAGGAGUGUCAGGAGGGAAAAGUGAUGUAGAAUCUAAAAAAAACGUUCCACUGGAGCAUGAGAUACAUCAAGAGUAGAACGAGCUUGACUCUCUCACAGAGUUCCCCCUUUUGGGUCUACCCUCAUCAAAGCUGAAUUCUCAGUCCUUAAAUCGGAAUAUCUUACUAGAUGCCUUGGCAUCACUUCCAACAUCGUUGCCCCUAUUGUCAGACUCCUCUUCACCAGGAGAUACGGUAGAGGAAGUAAGAAGUCCUUCCCCAAUCACCAGAGUCUCGCAUGGAAUAUAAGACCAAGAGGAUUCAUCGGAUCGGUCAUCCUUAUCUUCUAACUCAACUCCCUUUCUUGAUUCUAGUGAAAUGUCUGCCUUUUCUUCCACAAUGCAAAUGAACAAAGAAUUAAUUCCAGAAGGAACAGAAAUGCAGAAUAAAAAGAAAAAAAGGUAAAGAUUGAAGAGGAAAAUUGAGUCACCUUAAGGACAGUUUUUUUUUUUUCUCCUUCCCUUUCUCUCCUUUUGGAAUGAAUGACCUCACUAUCUGUAGCCUCAAUUAAUACAAGAGGUAUCAUGGACCUGGUAAAAUGCACUUCAGUUCUAUCAUAUUUGUAUAAUGCAGGUCACGAUAUUUGCCUACUUCAGGAAUGUAAUAUUCUCUUUAAACACGACUACAAUAAUUUAGAGGAUAGGUGGAUAUAUGGUCAAUCAGUGUGGUCUGGGGAUAAUAGUAAUAGAUCUUCUGGUGUGUGUAUUCUUUAGAAGGGUAAUUCCUUAAAAGUUCUUAAAAUACAAGAGGUUAUAAAUGGGAGAUUAAUAUAUGUGGAUGUAAAAUUUAAUAAUUUCUGUUUUCGAGUGAUUAAUGUAUAUUGUCCAACGGAUCUACAAGGUAGAAAGGAAGUUUUGAAAGCACUGCCACCUUUAUUGAUUUGUGGGAAAG